AUGAAGGGUUCUCUCGCAUCCCUGCUGGCUGCUGCCGUUCUGGCGCGUGCUCAGAUUGCUACUACCUCUGAGCCUGCCAUUGCUCAGAUCACUGCGGCGGCUGCGACUACCAAACCCGAGUCCCCCACCUCCGAUGUCAAGGGUCUGGCCUUUGACCGCUUCUACCAGGUCUGGCUGGAGAACAUUGAUUACGAAGAUGCCGCCUCCGACUCCAACAUGCAGUGGUUGGCCUCUCAGGGUAUUUUGCUGACCAAUUACUAUGCUGUCACCCACCCGUCGGAACCUAACUACUGUGCGGCCGCUGGUGGUGACACCUUCGGCAUGGACAAUGACAACUUCAACCAGAUCCCUGUCAACGUCUCCACUGUGGCUGAUCUUCUCGACACCAAGGGUAUCUCGUGGGGCGAGUACCAGGAGCACAUUCCUUAUGCCGGCUUCCAGGGCUACAACUACUCCAACCAGGAGACCUAUGCCAAUGACUACGUUCGCAAGCACAACCCCCUCGUCUUGUAUGAUUCCGUCGUCAAGAAUGAUACCCGUGCUCGUCAGAUCAAGAGCUUUGACGCUUUCUUCGAUGAUCUAAAUGACAAGAAGCUUCCUCAGUGGGCUUUCAUCACCCCCAACAUGACCAAUGAUGCCCACGAUACCAACAUCACUUUCGCCGCCAAGUGGGAGCGUAGCUGGAUGUCCACUCUGUUCAAGAACGAUUAUUUCAUGAACAACACCGUCAUUCUCCUGACCUUCGAUGAGGAUGACACUUACAACAAGACCAACCGGAUCUUCAGUAUCCUUGUUGGUGGUGCUAUUCCCGACCACCUGAAGGGUACCAAGGACGACACUUUCUACACUCACUACUCUGCCAUUGCCUCUGUCUCCGCCAACUGGGGUCUUCCUUCUCUGGGUCGCUGGGACUGUGGUGCCAACAUUCUCGAGAUGGUCGCUAACAAGACCGGCUAUGUCAACUACGACGUUGAUAUGACCAAUCUGCGCCUCAACGAGACCUACCCUGGCCCUAUGGCCGACGGUGACUACGCCAAGUUCUCCGCUGCCUGGCCCAUCCCGGCUACCAACCUCAGCUGCUCUGCUGGUCAGGGUAUUCUUGACGCUGUCAAGAAGACCUAUGCCGGCCUGGCGCCCACUCACAACUACACCACCCCCUUUCCGGUAGACGAGAAGAACGACUACAACACCAAGGUCACCAUUACUCGCAAGUCGGCUUCCAACACUACUUCAAGCGCCUCGGGCUCUUCCACUACCGCCAAGGGUGCUGCAGUUGCUGCCACCGUUCCAAACGUCGCUAUGACCGGCGCUAUGGUGGCUCUUCUUGCCUACCUGAUCUAA